AUGGACGAUACGGCCACCACCUCCGCAAUCCUGGACAUUCUGUCUUCAAUAUGCCUCUCUUCAGGACACUCCAAUGUCAAGAAGCAUGUUUCGCCCUCCUCUUUACGCUCGCAUCUUCCACACGUUUUGCCUCAAUCGACUCCGAAAUCUGUGAACAAAAGGAAAUUGUCAAACUCUUCGGACCCGCUCAUGCUGAACAAAUCGCCAAAAGUCAACAGACGCGUAACCACAGAUCCAUUCAACAAGAAUACGCUUGAUGAGCGAAUCAACUCGUUCAAUAUUCUUAACUGGUCCAUCGAGGACGAUAAACUAAAUCCCCUCGAAUGCGCGGUGAACGGCUGGCAAUGCCACAAGCGAAAAAACGAGCUGCAUUGCCACUACUGCAAUGCGGUAUUGCUGAUCCGCUUGAACGAACAUAAGGACAAGAACAAAAUCGUUACUAACUUUCUGUUUGUGGAAGACGAGGAAGCAGAGGAGCAGUUUCUUAAGGUGCGCGAACAAUUGAUAAGCUCGUAUCUUCGUCGGCUACGUACAGAUCAUUAUCCAGGAUGCAUGUGGAGGAACUCCAACUUAGAUAUAGGGCUGGUUAGAAAACAAUACCAUCUCAAGAUCAGUGACAUGAAUGAAAUACUAGAGCAAUAUCAAGAUAAUCUUGAUAACCUGAUCGAUCACCAAGACAUUAUUAUGCUGAAAAGCUAUACCACAGACAUAGUCAAUAAGUCGCAAAUUGAGAUUUUGCAAGCUUAUAACUCGACAAACUUAAUACUCUCCAUGGUUGCCCUUUUUGGAUGGGAGCUAAAACAACAGAAGUUUGGAUCAAAGAAUUUGGCACUUCUCAAAUGUCACAAAUGUACGAGGCGAAUACUGCUUGGAGAGUCUAAAAAUCUAGACCACACGGAACCGCUCAAGUCUGUCAGCUAUCCAGCUGAAAUAAGCAAAGAAGACUCUGACAUCAACCUGCUCGCAGAACAUGAACACUGGUGCUGCAUGGUAACCGAGUUUAAUAACCUGAAAGGAUAUGAAGUUGUGUUGACGAUCCUGCAAAGCGUAUCUUCAUCCGACGGCUACGAAGGCAUGGAGGUCGAGCAAGACCAUUCUUACACUUUUGACUCCACGAUGGCGCUUCUUCGUGAGUUCAGUUAA